UAUCAGUACACUCGUAACAACGGAACUAAGCAUUACGAAACGUAUAUUUGAUCAAAUAAACCACACGUAGCAAAUAAUCCAUUACAUAUUUUGUUAACUAAAUUCGACACUCAUUGGACCAGUUAUCCAUCUCUGCCCAUAUCCACCAGUGAGCUCCAGCAUGCGUCUAGACUUUGCAGUCUAGACUUUACGUCUUGGAGUCUUUUGACCUGAAAACAAGCGCACGCAGUUGCGCUUAAAGAAAUCAUUCCGCCGGCAGAUUUCUGGACUGAACUGGCUAGCAGGGGAAGAAAGGAGCAGCAAACGUUGACGUCUUUAUUUAUAUGAGAUAAGGUUUACGUUGAAUUAAUAUACUGGCAACACCUACGCCAAAACAGGAAAAUGGCUGUGAACGUUUACUCAACCUCAGUGUGCAGUGACAACUUGAGUCGUCAUGAUAUGCUUGCAUGGAUCAACGAAUCGUUACAGAUCAACCUUACUAAGAUAGAGCUGUUAUGUUCAGGUGCGGCCUACUGCCAGUUCAUGGACAUGCUCUUCCCCGGCUGUGUGCCUUUGAAGAAAGUCAAAUUUGCUGCAAAACUAGAGCACGAAUUCAUUCACAACUACAAGAUUUUGCAAGCUGGCUUCAAAAGAAUGGGUGUCGACAAAAUCAUCCCUGUUGACAAGUUGAUAAAAAGCAAGUUCCAGGACAACUUUGAGUUUGUGCAGUGGUUCAAGAAGUUCUUUGAUGCCAACUAUGAUGGGAAAGAGUAUGACCCUGUGGAUGCUCGCCAGGGCCAAGACACAAUGCCCAUGUCCAGCCCCGCCAUGUCGGCCCUCAACAAGCCCAAGAAGGUCCUCAACGCUGCACCCCAACGGGCAGCAGUUGCCAAGGUAGCACCCAAAAUAGCGCCCAGCUUGGCGCGGAGACCAGGGGCUGGCGGAGGUGACGAGGAGCGGGCAGAACUCAUUCAGGAGGUGAAUAUACUGAAGUCCACCAUCCAGGACAUGGAGAAGGAGAGGGACUUUUAUUUUGGCAAACUGAGGAACAUUGAGCUCAUCUGCCAAGAGAAGGAAGGAGAGGGUGACCCCACGCUGCAGAGGAUCGUGGAUAUACUCUACGCCACAGAUGAGGGCUUUGUCAUACCGGAUGCUGAGUCAGAGGACCAGGAGGAAUUCUAACAUUCAAGACUGGAUCAUGGAACUUUUAAUACAACCCCUCAACCCACCAAACCCCUUCAAUCAGCUACAACAGCUCCCAUCCUCGAACUACGUUUCACCCCCACCAAAAAACGGAUCAUGUUAUGCAUUGUGUGGUCUCUGAAUGGACUGUAUUUAAAACAUUUUUUUUUUUGGUCUGUAAAAUCAAGUUGAAAUAAGUCAAGUGUGUGAAGUACCUACUCCUCUUCUGAAAUCACUUCUCCCGUUCGUCCCAUUGGUCCAUAUAAACAUAGUGUUGGAAGAUGGCAGCCAUUUUGGCUCUUUUUGGGUCCAGAUGAGUGAUCUUGUCCAUCUGUAAGAUUACACUUUUUGUGUUUUGUUGGUCUUUCCCCUCAAUUUCUGUCUGUUCCGGGAAUUGGAGUUACAAGUUCAUUGGAACCUGCACUCACUUUUGUACAUUAUAUUUUACUAGUUUCCUAAAUUAUCACUGUCUUUGCAACGUGUAUAUUGUUUUCUGGGUCUGAGAAAAUUCCCUUUGUCUGAGUUCCUACUUAAUGUAGUGAUUGUGGGACAUUUAUUUUCUUCACUAACCACAACUGUUCAUAUCCCCCAAACCUAGUUGUUUUCACUUCUUUCAUUUGGUCUCCUCUUGUUUGGAGAUUAACCUUUUUUUAAAUGGUGCAAUUCUUUAUUCCAGGAAAGUGGAGUUUUUUUCUUAACGAUACAGCCCAACGUCUCUUAAUGUGGCUGCAAUUCUCGGACAGCACAUAACAACCUGACAAUAGUUAUGAAGAAACAUGUUAGAAACUACAAGCUUAUGGUAGAAUACUUUGUGCGUGAUUUAUGUGUUUUGUUUGUCUCUUGGAUGUUGGAAGGCAUGGGCACUGUGGAUGCUUGAAACUCUCUGGUCCCAAGCGCAUCCCAAAUUACCUGCUCUGGUUUUUUGGCAUUUCUCCCAGUCUAAAAUUCUUCAGUUGGCAGGGGAUCAAAGUUUUAACUUGAUUUAGCGCCUCUAGUGUCUAAUGCAUCUUCUUAGGGAAUGCAAAAGGUGACUGUGAUGUUUUUCUUUCUGUUUUCUACCUUCUCCAUUUUUUUCUUGAACUCCUGGUUCUGUGGCAUGUUUUAACACACUCCUGUCUUGCGUUUGAAUCUGUUUUGAUUAUGUAGCCACUGCACCAUUGACAGGUUCUAGGCCCAAAACGCUGAUACGCAAAUAAAACUGCCAGUCUCUGCGCCAGAAGAUCCAAGAUCUUAUAGGUUUUAUGAAUUGCCUUUUUUCUUAUACUUUUCAUAACCUACAUAUGUGACUUUGAUGUACUCUCUUUUUGGCAAAUAUUUGUAAUACGUUUUAAAGGAUUGUCAUUUUAGCUCUUAUUGUUUUUUUUCUUUCUGCUGCUCUGAAAUAGACUUCUAGAGAAUCUGGCGGAAGCUUGGGUAUUUAAGCUGUUGAAUAGAUUUUUGUUCUUUCAGUUAAUACAAUGCUCUGACAAAGGCCAAUUACAUUUUUAUAUAAUUGAUGGUUCAUUGAAGUGUUCUGAACCUAUUGGUGUACUUAAUGUAACUGGUGCCACCCAACUGUUGGCUGAAAUGCCCUCCUAGAAAUGACCUUUCCGAUAAUUAGGAGUACAUAACAGGGGCCCUUUCUAGGCCUUAGAAUCUAAUAGAUACUGACAGGGCAAUGAAGGAAGUUUGAAUGUCAUGCAAAACCCUUACUAAAUGGGGAUGCCUGGUUGUAAUAUUAUAAUUAUUUAUUUUUUCUAUUAAGAUUUGAUCCUCGUUGCAUUCUUCAGGACCCCAACCUUAUUUCAUUUGUCAACUUUUUGGGAUUACCACGUCCAAAACAGUUUUCCAAAAUGUAUUGGGACAUGAAUGUGUAUAUUUGACACAUUGAAUCAUUGUGACUGUUUAUCCUUGUUAACUAUGUUGAGUCCAGAAAUUAGUGAUAUUGGCUUGAAGGUUUAAAAACGUAACUGUCUUGUUUGAAUCUAGCUUGUUAUUUGAUGACUAAACUAGCCUGGUGGCUGAUUUAGUGGGUAUUUGGGUCUUGCCAAGACAAAUCUUAACACUGGUUGCGUUCCAGGCAGACUACAUUCGAAGUGUUGCAUUGCUUCAACCAAUGGCUGUGUGCAACGUCAUCGAAUGCGCAGUCUGGUAUCAGUUUUCUAUGUCAUAUGAUGUGGUUUGCUGAUAUUAAACACCUAUCCAGGAGUUGUGAGAUCUGACAGGCAUCUGCAAUGUAGUCAGUCUGGAACAUGGCCAUUGUUUUUGUAAAGUGCAUUUUAUAUGCAAGGGAGACUCAAUGGCCUCUUUCAAUCUAACCUUGUGCCAAUCUUGAACUUUAACCUCGAUCAACUCCCUGUUAGCUUUUUGGUUCCCGAUUUAUAAUUAUAUAUAUUUUGAAUGAUUAGCGUGGUUAUUAGAAGGAGCCCUUGCAGCCCUUGUUUUUGGGGUGUGAAAGAUCAGUGGAGCUCAUCAGAUCUCCCCUGUGACUUUCUCAACAAUCUGUGCCGACGACAUUCUUGUACACUGUGGGCCAUCUGCCACCUUUGCUCUCCUUUUUUGUCUCUCUCUCUCUGUCGAUACAUUCUAUUUCAGCGGGAAAUGUGUUUAAUUUUUUCUGAUUUAUUUUCUUAAAUCGUAUUUGCUGAAUCAAGUUUAUUACAAACAAUAAAACAGUAUUUCUAAGAA